AUGGCCGCCUCAAAGGCCAAAGUCCAAUCCAUCAUCGAAGAGAACCCGGUUGCCGUCUUCAGCAAGUCAUGGUGCCCGUACUGUAGACAGGCCAAACAACUGUUGAGUGAGAGUGGCGCAAAGUUUUAUGCCAUUGAGUUGGAUCAAGUCGAUGAUGGAUCCGCCAUCCAGUCUGCUCUGGGCGAAAUGACGGGCCAGACUACGGUGCCUAGCAUAUUCAUUGCGCAGAAGCACAUUGGUGGCAACUCGGACCUGCAGAGCAAGAGGAGGGAGUUGAAGAAUAUGCUCAAGAGUGCUGGUGCCCUCUAG